AUGAAAUCAUACACUUCGAUCCCUGCAAUCCUCCGCGUCAAUUCUGAAUCGCUCUUUGUCGCUUCGAAACAUUAUCGCCGCGCAUUUCGUUGCUGCCAGCCUGGACAGGAUCAACCAGACAAGGAUACAUCAUAUGUAUGGUUCGACUUUGAACGAGACUUCUUACUUAUCGAUUACAAUAUGACUGGUGAGCUUUGGGCAUCGCCAGAGGAUCGAUUGGCUAAUAGUGCGAAUCCUCUUCUUUAUACUACCGUGAGGUGGAUUCCGGAUGACGACGUGAAGCGCAUCAGAAACCUAGCUUGGUACAGAAAUCCAUCUCAAUCGACCGAUUUUGACUUUAUCUGGAGACUUUUUACCGGAUUAAAAAAAUGGUUCUUGGUCCAAGAACUAAUGGGUUCUGGAAAUAUUUUACAGCUACGCCAUGUCGAGAACUCGGAAGCUUCUAUUCGUAGAGCUACCAAAUACAAUCUUGUGCGAUCAUACGACUUGUCAUUUUGUGAUGUGAAGGGAGCGGAUCAUGUUGAUGUACAAGAAUGCAUUAGGUUAUUCGAUACAGCGAAAAUGUCCUAUGGACCUUUAUUAGGACCUCUAGAACUUCCUAGUCUUCCAGGGGAUUUCAAAGAUGUCACAUAUCUGGCAAAGCUAUCUGACUUUGGGCGAAUUCUUCCCACUAGGAACCUCAGAAAAUUUGAAAUCGAUGGCAAGCAUAUGGUCAACCUCAGGUUGAAAGCCAAGUUUGAGGAGGAAAGGAAACUCUAUGAGGCAUAUAUCCGGCAAAACCUCAAGAACCACAAUGAACAUAGAUCUGAGGAUUGCAAUUGUAAGGUAACAGAACUACGAUGGCUCAGGGGACUCGAACUUGUGAAUCGAUACUUUAUUAAGCAUCCACCGAGGGUGUGA